CAGCUCUCCCGGCAGUACUAGAGGAACCAGACACCUGUAUACACGUUGCGCUUCCGUCAUACAGGAGAGAGAGUCUUUAUCUAAUCAUCCUUUAGGAUUAACUCACAGGAAAAUAGUAAAACAACUUAAGAGUUGAGUGAAAAUGUGGUGUACUCUGUUUUAGAAAAAGUAAAAAGUUGGGUUAAGUGGUUGAGAGCAGCAGUGAUAGUGAAAGCUAGGGUUCUGCUCCUCGUGGAUAACCAAAAAGAAGACAUCAUACAGCUAAAUAGCUAGACUCAUCCGAACCUUCCUGUUCUCCAUACUCAAGUUAUAGCUCACUUAAACAAAAAAAAUGAACCUUUUAUCCACGUUUAAGUAAAUCCAAUAUUUUUGGGAAAGAGAAGUACAAUACCCCUGUUGAUUUAUGUACCGUAAAGGCUUAACGACAGCCUCUAACGUCAGAUUUGCUAAACACAUUUGAAGGUUAUGGAGUUGUAGGAGACUAAUGUAUACGGCCAGUGUGAUAAUAUUAGUUUUUCUGCCUCGCUCCUGAGAUUUGCUCCGCCAUGGAUACGUUUUUUAUUUUAAUCCCUUCAUUUCAUGUAGCACUGAAUUAUAUUCAAGCUGAUCCUUGAUAUUCAUUAAAUACUCACAAUAUUCCUUAUACGAAAUUACAAGAAAUUAGUCUACAUAGUAUAAAAUCCUAUAAAAACUUAAAUAUAAUACAAAUGAAUCAGCAUCCCCAAUGAUCGUACAAAAACUGAAAUACAUAAUAUUACCCGAGUUUACCUGAGAGCCACUAAGACAAGUGGCCUCGACGAGGACAGGAAGCCGGCGGCUUGUUGAAGGUUCCCCCCCCUUUGCCUUGAUACAUAUAUAAACGUAAAUUUCCAAUUGGCAUCGUGGUGUGUGGAGUAAGAGCAGGCGACGAUGGCUGGCCUGAGUGUGCGUGUCAAGUUUGGGUACGGAGUGGGACACGUCCUGAACGACCUCUGUUCUGCCAUGUGGUUCACCUACCUCCUCAUCUACUUCCACCACGUGCUCCUCUUCGACAACUCCCUGGCUGGUGUUGUUCUCCUCAUUGGGCAGGUGGCUGAUGGAUUGUCCACACCCUUUGUUGGUCGGGAAGCAGACCGUACCGAUGACCUGCCCUUCUGUACGCGUUAUGGCCGUAGAAAAUCAUGGCAUCUUUUCGGUACCUUUUGUACAGUGAGUGCAUUCCCAUUUAUCUUCCUUGGGUGUUUUGGGUGUGGUUCCUCUGAUGAAUGGGCUCAGGUAAUCUACUAUGCCCCAUUUGUCAUCAUCUUCCAGUUCGGUUGGGCGGCUACACAAAUCAGCCACCUAGCCCUCAUACCCUCCAUCACUCAAGACCCAAAUGAUCGUACAGAGCUCAAUGCUAUUAGAUACGGAUUUACUGUAAUGUCCAACAUUACGGUUUACAUUGUGACUUGGUUAGUACUAGGAAUAGACACGGUCAGUCCACAAUCUGGUCUUGGUCCUGAGGAUGGCAUUAAGUUUACGUAUAUUGUUUUGACUGUGCUGGCCAUUGGUAUAUUAUUUGUUAGUGUUUUCCAUGGACUUGUCAAAGAAGUCAACAUUCCACAAUAUGGCAGAAUAUUACCCGAUGAUGACGAGACUAGCGGUGCAGACAGUUCUCACACAGACCAAAGGAACUUCUCGCAUCAGAACGGUGUGUCUCUAUAUGCUCCAGUGCACUGUCGCAUGACUGCUGUCGACUGGUUCAAAAGCAUACAGUUCUACCAGGUGGCUGUGCUCUACAUGGGAACUCGGCUCUUCUGUAACCUCUCGCAAGCAUUUGUCCCCAUAUAUAUCCAAGACACUCUUCACUUGCCUCAAGAAUCUGUUGCGUACAUUCCGUUGGUGAUGUACAUUUCUGGCUUUCUCACCACUACUAUCAUGAGGGCUCUCAACAAGUUCAUUGGUAGGAAGGCAUCAUUCAUCUUGGGAUGCAUCAUCGGUGGAGCAGCGUGCAUUGCAGUCUGGUUUGGAGAGGGUGACUUCUACAAACAAUACCUUUUGUACGGAGUGGCGGCACUGCUUGGAGCUGGAGGCUCCAUCAUGCUAGUCACAUCACUUUCCAUUACUGCUGAUCUAAUUGGACCCAACAUAGAGUCUGGGGCUUUUGUGUAUGGUGCUAUGAGUUUCACAGAUAAGCUUUCCAAUGGUGCCGCUGUCAUGUUAAUCCAAAGCCUGAAUCCCUGCACCACCUGUUGUCCUAGAUGCACGUCUUACUACCAGGAAGCACUGGCCAUAUCGUGCGGAACAGCAGCUGUAUUGAGUCUAUUUGCCGCACUUUCUCUCCUCCCCAGCAAGAUUGGUGAGCGCAAAAAGGGUAUUGAAUCAGAUGAGGGUGUUCCUGAGCGGUCAGAAACUUGUGGUGCCGAGGGAGUCCCAGAAGCACUCACAUCUGCUUGUGCAAACUCAACAAUGUACACUGUUGCAUGCAUAGACCCAUCAGUUGGUACAGUGGCAGUGGUGGGUGUUGGGCCAGGCAUGAGUGAUGGUGUUGGUACAGAUGCACGACCCAACACUACCGAAGGGUACACUGCAAUUCCACAAGGUGUCCGAGCUCGGAUAAUAUCAUCGUGUUCGGAUAAUGAGGAAAGCAGCGGUGACGUGUCUGUUGCAUAAGCUACUAAGAGCAAGUUAGCAUAUUUUGUUAUAAUAAGUUAAAUGGAUGGCUGUGUAUCAGUAACAUCUGUGAAACUCGUGAAGCUCAAGCAGGUCGGCGUUCAAUCCCCAACCGUCCAAGUGGUUGGGCACCAUUCCUUCUCCCCAUUCCUUCCCAAAUCCUUAUCCUGAUCCCUUCCGAGUGCUAUAUAGUUGUAAUGGUUUCGCGCUUUCUCCACAUACUUCCCUUCCCUUAGUGGUUGUUCAUAAUGACGGGGCAUUAUUUUGCUUGGAGCGUGAACGACAAUAAGCAAAGCUCUUCAUUCAUGGAGGUGGAUAAUUUCCAGAUAUUUUAAUUGCUUUCAGUUGACAUUCUGAGUUGUAGAUACUUAAGCCAAUUUAUUUUGUACAAGUUUGACUGUGGAAGAUACUUUUGCAGUGACUGAUAUUUACAUUGAUCGUCAGGUUGUAAAUAAUACAUCAUGCAAAAACCAUAAGUUAAAAUAAAUCUAAUGCAUUUUUGUAUUCGAUCAAUUCCUAAUGCAGGAAUUUAUUAAAUCAAUCUGAAUUCAGUGUCUUAAAUCUGAAAGAACAAGUAAACAAUGCAAAUGAAGAACAGUUUUGUUUAGUGUUUGUCUAGUGUUUUACCCAGAGGGUCCAAAAAGGAAAUUUUUUUAAAUAAAAUUAUUAUGUAUACUGUAUCUAAUAAGUGAAAACCCUGAUAAUUCCAACUGUGUUUUUUGAAGAAAAUAAUUAUAAAAUGAAUAUAGUGUUGAUAAAAAAAGUAAAAAGUUAAUUUUUAGUCUAUUUUCUAGUAAAUAAUAUAUUCUAUAUAUUGUUAUAAAUAUAACCAAUAUUCAAAAUCAUUUCAAAUUAUGAUUAUUAUAUUUUUUACGGGGACAGGCUAUUUUCUUCUUUAGCUUUCUCAAUAUUUCAUUUCUUAUAAGAUCAAGAUGUGCCCUUUCUAUAGAUGCCAUGAAAAGUUAUGAAAUAUGUUGUUUUAGACAGUAUAAAAAAAUAUGUACCUUUUUAAUUAUUAUAUAAUUAAAACAAAAUAAAAAAGUCUUGAGUUACUUGAGAGAGAAGAGAGAAGAUUAAGCCACCCAAAAGGUGGCUUGGGCAUGAAUAGCCCAUAAGUGGUGGCCCUUUUGAGCCAUUUCCAGUAUCAAUAGAUGAUACUGGAGAUCUGUGGAAGUGCGACUGCACCCUGCGUGACGGGAGAUGUCUCCCGUGUUGAGUUACUUGAUAUCAGACGAUACGUGUUCCAAAUGGAUAGACUAUCGCCAUAACCACACACAUAAGGCUUCCGGGCUUUACACCUUUUGACUAUUACGAAUUUCGUGGUAAGUACUGUGUGUUUAUUUGUGUAUUAUAUUCUUGUUUCAAAUUGCAGACAGAAAUCAAUUCGGCUCCUUAUUUUUAUACUACUGAUUUGUUGCAUUGUUUUCUUUAUUGCUUUAUUAAAAAAAAAUACAUUUCUCAGUAGGAAAAAGAAUGCUCCGCAUAUAUUUGCCAUUACAGGAGAGGAAUACCAAGAUGAAAAUUUAUAUACACAAAAGUUCCUUGCAAGGUUGUAAAUUGACUUCAAAAUAUAUUUAAUAUCUAUCUUUCUCACUCACUCACUCACUCUCUGUUACAUAUGAUACAUCAUUCAAAAUUCAAAAUCCUAUUUAAAAACAAAAUAGAUGUGAGGUACAAGCAUAAUUCCCGAUAUUUGCUGCUAUACGUGUAUUUGAUUCUGCCGCCGACCACUUGGUCUGGCAUUUGCCAUGUCCAGGGGCUUGUUUUGAAGGUCAAAAGGACCUGGUUGAACAUUACAUAUGUGAUUUGGUAAAGUAUAAUGAUAAAUGCUGGAGUAUAUACAUAUAAUAUAUGCAAAAUAUUUUAUCUACAUUUUAAAUGAUUGUAUCUAUUUUGGACAGUUUUGUAGAAAUUAAUUAUACCCGUAUCAUGUUUUUCAUAUAUGAUACUAUACAUGAUUAAAUAUAAAAAAUUAUUUAAUUGAAUACAAGACAAAUAUACAAAUGUGUUUUUGUUUUGUCUCGCUGCAUGCAGGUUGGCAUUCAGUCCCCGACCGUCCAAGUGGUUGGGCAUCGUUACUUUCUCCCUCCCCCCUCCUCCCCUGUCCCAUGCCAAAUCUUUAUCCUAAUCCCAUCCAAGUGUUAUAUAGUCAAGGUGGCUUGGCACUUUCUCCUGAUAGUUCCCAUCCUUUCUCUCUUUCCUCGCUGUUUGAGUCAGAUAUUUCAUCAUACACACAUUAUAAUUAUCCUGUUUCCAACAUUUAUGGAGAGGCAUCAGUUCAGAGGAGAAAUGUGAAUAAUAUAUCAAAAGAAGGUUAUAGAUAUUAAACAAUAAAAUAUUAACAGAUAUUGCUCAUCCAUUCACUACGUUUACGACAUAAGGCACCACAGGAAAAACAACCAUUACAACACUCCAACAGUCAUCCACAGCAGCAACCCACCACUUCGUACGUCCAGGUGUACAGUGCGCCUCGCGAAGUGUCGUAAUUCAUUGGACUGAAAUUCGUUCACGUCUUACAACUGCUUUCAACCCACCUUUGUUCAAAUUAAUUAUUUGUUCCCUACCAUUUCCAAUGUGUUGUCCAUACCCUCCCUACUUCCUCACUCUCAUCACGUCAACCCACUUUCUUCUUGUCCUUGGCCCCCAUUUGUUAAAGUACUUUGAUAUAGAUUUAUCUCCAGCAAAAUAUAUAUUUACACUUAAAUUCAUGUGAAGUUGCACUGUAUAUAUAUAUAUAUAUAUAUAUAUAUAUAUAUAUAUAUAUAUAUAUAUAUAUAUAUAUAUAUAUAUAUAUAUAUACUUAUAUAUACUUAUAUAUAAUCAAUUCAUGCUAGAUCCUGCCCAUUAUAGCAAAAAUCUGUUGCAGCAGAAGAUUGGCAAUAGUUAAAAAUCUUUACUUCUCCGCUAUUUGGGGCGGGGGGAAUAAUGUGGUUUUUAUUUGUUAAAUCAUGAACACCUUUUGAUACAAAACUCCUGCAUGUGUAGUACAUACAAGUUCUGUGUAGAUACUCAAUAAAUUUAGAUUUUUAAAACAUAAACUGGCAUGUUGACCAGACCACACACUAGAAGGUGAAAGGACGACGACAUUUCGGUCCGUCUUGGACCAUUCUCAAGUCGAUUGUGAGACUUGAGAAUGGUCCAGGAUGGACCGAAACGUCGUCGUCUCUUCACCUUCUAGUGUGUGGUCUGGUUAACAUACUUCAGCCACGUUAUUGUGCCUCAUCGCCUGCAUAAACUGGCAUAUGACCAUGCAAUAAGAAUCGGUAUAGAUCUGAAAUACUGAAGAUAAACUCAUACUAAGACAGUGUGAAAUCAAAGGUUCUGUUGGGAUUGUGUAAAAUGUUAGAUUAUAAUUAAUAUGCUAAUUUUUGCUGCACAAAUUAUUCAUGGUGCUCCUGUGUAGACAGUGCUUUUAUGACAAAGAAAUGUUUAUACUACAGAUUAUUAUUAUAUUUUUCAAAGCUAAACUUUUGAAAGCUCCAGUGUUAAAAGUUUGUUAGAAAAUCAAUGAAUUUAAGAUAUAUUUUUAAUAGAACAACUGUCUGUGAUAUUAUGUAUUGUUCUUUAAAAACUGGUUCUCAUGUUUUAUAUAGAAACAAACCAAAUUGUUUGUAUGUUAUUUAAUAAAUGUAUUGUCCUUA